AUGCGGCGCAUCUUAAAUCACGAUGUCUCCGGAUUUAAGAAUGGACCUGAAACCGCCCUGCGCUUCGGAUUUCAUGGCAAAUUGAAAGAUCUCCUUUUCCCUGAAGCAAAGGAGUUGCAUCCAUCACAACGGCUUUUUGUAGCAAGCCUGGCAGGUGCUUGGUCCCUCACUCUCACAUAUCCUAUGGAGGUCAUGAAAACUCGUAUGGCCUUGCGUAAAACGGAUGAUUCGAACUCGAUCACCGCCUGUACGAAGGUACUUUAUAGUCAAGGUGGUCUGCGUAGUUUCUACCGUGGUUAUGCGAUUAGCAUGCUUAGUUAUGUUCCAUACGCCGGAUUGGAGCUAUCAUUUUUCGAGCUUUUCAAACGUGGCUAUGUGGAAUACUUCUAUGGUUACCAUCCGGGUGAUCCUAUGCCUCACAUCGCGAAGCCAGUAGCAAUAAGCCUCAUUAUCUGCUCUUCCCUCAUUCCAAUGCUUAUAAUUUAUCCUGCGAACCUGAUGCGCACUCGCUUCCAGGCCAACACCAACUUCAGGCCACCCACCAUUAUCAGUAUGUUUCGAAGCAUUCUUCAAGCAAACGGUCUAUCCGGUCUCUACCGAGGUUUCUUAACCAGUCUGUCCAAAACGCUUCCUUCUGUCACCAUCACUUACCUCACGUUCGAGGCUCUGAUGGAAGCCAUGGGUCUUCCUACUCUUGGCACUAAAUAG